AAGAUUCCUGUGAGACGUGUCGUAAACACAAAACUGGUUUGCUUAUCACGAGCUUCAAACCGAAACGGGAAAUAUAUUGGGCUAAAAGUGCCUCCUGUCGGCAGCGGAUGUAGUCACAUCCUCAUCUCAAAAUGUUCAAGAACUUGAAAAAGAAAUUGGAACAGGGAGUAGCUCAAUCAAAGGCUGCAGUCACAAAUCUAUCGUCUGGUAACAAGGGAGAUGAGUCUGCAGACAGCAAAAAUACAUCAGACCCAUUUGGAGAGCCGCUGGCUGAAAGCACACCACAGAAAGGGGCUGCAAAUGCUGCAAAGCAGGAUGGAACCAGUUCUUCUGGUGGCAGCCAGACACCGGGCAGUGUUCGCAGUGGGGGUGGAUCCAAUGUCCCAGUUGGUCAACUUGUUGAUGUACCCUUAGAAGGACCAGAAAAUUCACACUAUGAGACUGCCUCAGAGCUGAGUUCUGUGCGAGGGGAUGAGACUCCCAGAGGAGGUCGUUCCAGGACGUCCUCCAUCAGCUCCAUGACCAGUAUGACGAGUGACAGCUCCUUCUUCCCUAGCGUUAGCUUCUCCUCCCACAACUACUAUGUCCCUUCGGAUGUGGAGAGUGAGAUGGAGGACUCAUCAGUCAACUUGUCUGCCAUCUCAAAGGAGGAUCUCUAUGCAUUUGUCAAGAGGUUUGAGAGGAGAGCCUUCAAGUACAAGUCAAAGUUUAUGGAGCUCGGGGCUGCAUAUAAAGACAUGAUCCAAGAAAGAGAAAAGUUGAAGGCUACCAUGGCCCAGUGUCAGGACCGAGCCUUCCGUCGGAUGUCUGAGCUGCGUGAACAGAUUCAGUUGGACCAGCUUGCUAAACGAGAUCUGGAGGAGAAUUAUCGUCUUUUGCUGGAUGAGAAGGAUGAGUAUGUCAAGGUGCUCAAUACCCAGGUUAAACUGCUCCGUGAAGGCAAGGACAUUCCUGAAGAGCUCCAGGAAAAGCUGUCCAGCAAACAGGCCAAAGCUGAGGCAGCUCCUCCACCCACCCCGGCCAGUGGUGCAGACAUCAGCCCAGCUCAAGAGAUAGAACUGCUCAAGUCAAAAAUCAAACGGCAGGAUGGAUUGUUGCACAAAUGCAAAGAGUCGAUCAGUAGUUACAAGGAAAAAGUCUCGCUACUGUCACGUGACAAGCAGGACCUCAUCACUAAAUUGGAGGCCUCUUCAAAAGGUGGGCAGUCUGAAGCAUCUGGUGCUUCGAGCCAGGAACUGGUCAAGCUUCAAAAUCAGAUGAAAGAGGCUCGAAAGGUCAUCGAACAACUGGAGACUGAUAGAGAGGUGGCAAUUGCUGGAGUGAAGCAACAGGUUCAUGAAGAAAUGGAGAAAAAAGACUUGGAGUUGGCGCAGGUGAAGUCUGAUAGUCACAAGCUACUGGAGGAGAGCACCAACAUCAAACUGGAACUGGAGAAACUAUCCAAGGAAAGAGACGAACUGAUAGAGACAAAUAAGGAGCAGCUAGAGAAGGCACGGGAGAUAAUGCGCAAGUUAAAGGAGGACAAACGUUUGGCAAUGGAACAGGCCGAUGAGAAAAUCCGCCUUGCUGAGGCUAGUAUGGAGGAGGAGAAGGAGAAGAUGCUGACUGAUCUGAAGAGAGGCAAAGCUGAAGCUUUCUCUGUGAUGCAGCAAGAAUCUGAGAAACUUUUAACUGAGAAAGUUGCAGAGGCAGUUGAGGAGCGGGACAAGAUGUGGAAUGUAAAAAUGGCAGCACAAGAGGAGGCCAAUAAUGAAAUGCUACAGGCCAAGGAUCGAGAAAAAGAAAUGGCAUUGGCAACAAUGCACGAAGAGGUACGCCUGAAGCUACGUGAGAAAGAAGAGGAAGUCAAGCUAGUUGUGGAGGAAAGAGAGCUACAGAAGAUGGCAGCCGUGUCGGGUCUAGAUGAGCAGAAGGAUAUGCUGCAGAGGCAGAUUGAGGCUCUGACCUCGGAGAAAAUUGAGCUGAACAACCAUCUAUCUAAGUCAGAGGAGGAUGCUGAGGUACAAAAGGCAGAUUUGAUGGAACAAAUCAAACAGAGCCAAGAGCAACAUGCUAAGGAGAUAGCUGCCCUUCAAGAAAAACUACAGGAAGAAAGUGCCUCAGUGAAACUAGCUCAGGAGGACAAAGAGUUGCAGGAACGGAAACAUCAAGAAGAGAUUCAGGCUUUGAAAGAGCAGCAAGAGAAAGCCUUGAAGGUCAUCAGUGCAGAGCAAGAUGCUGAGCAGAAUUCUAGACAUGAAUCUUUGCAAGCCGAACUGGAGCAACAGAUUGCAAGAACUGAGAGUUCCCUGAGCCAGUGCCGGAUUUCAUUACAAGAAUCUGAACAGCGAGUAGCGGCACUUCAAACUGAACUUGCUGAAAAGUCUCGUGAACAUGAAGCACAGCUUGAGGAGUUAUAUGCUGCUGUGAAUGGUAAAGGCGAGGAGAAUGACAGAUUGGCCAAAGAGCUGGAGGAGCUACGGAAACAAACAGAAUGCAAAGAGAAAGAGCUAGAAGAUGUCUCAGUUAAACUGAUUUCUACCUCACAAGAAAGUGAGCAGCUGAAAAUACAGAUUGAGUCAAAGCAAGGAGAAGCACAAAGUCAACUCGGAGAAAAAGAAGAGCUUGUAGCAAAACUGGAAGCCAUGAACGUCAGGGAAACCAAACUCCAGCAGCGACUUGACAGCUCUGAACAUGAACGAAGUGACAUGGAGGGACGGGUCAACAUUCUGGCGGAGGAACUGAACUCUUUGAGAGAAGAGUUGAAUGUUGCCGCCACAGAGCUGAGGACUUCCCGGGAGGAGGGACGUCGCCGUGAGGAAGAACUACAGCAACAGCUCUCUCAGGCUGAAUCUGACAAGUCUAGGAUAAGCAAUGAAGUGGCUGGUGAGAAAGCUGAGAAGCUUGAACUUCUCAUGGGUGAAAUUGAGACUCUGAAAGCAGAAGUGGCGUCUGAGAGAGAAUUGCAUGAACAGCUGAAGUCGGUCAGUGACAGUGUUUCUCAUGAGAGGGAUGAGUUGAAAGCCCAGUGUGUGACUUACGAGGGCAAAGUAACGGAGCUACAGGAGGUGGUGCGCAGUCUUGAGGCAUGUCAGAGUGCUGUGCAGACAGAGAAGGAAGGUCUAGAGGAGAAGCUUGGCAGUUUGGAAGAGAUUGUUGCUGGGCUGAAGAAGUCGAAAGAAGAGCUCGGAGAACAGCUACACGGAAGACACGAGGAACUGGUCCAGCAGGCAGCCACGGAGAAAACAGCUCUUGAGACGAGGGCGAGUGAACUGGCCACACAGGUGAGCAGUCACCAGGAGGAGGUUGACAGGCUCAAUAGAGAACUCAUUUCUAAAGAUGAUGAGAUCAUGGCGAUGCGCUCCGUCAUGGAAGACAACUCAGAGUAUGUCAAGACUGUUGAGGGCAAACAGGAGGAACUAAAUGCUCAGUUACGGGGUAAGACUGAAGCAAUGGAGGAGGUGGAGGCAAAAUUGAGUAAAAGUUUAGAGAAAUUUGAGAAACUCAAGGGUGAAGCCAAUGUAAAGAUUAAAGGUUUGAAGGAUAUUAAAGAUUCUCUCACUGAGCAGUUGGAGCAAAAGCAAAAAGAUUUGGAAGAGCAAGCAGCUGCAAAUGCUAGUGAAAAAGACAAUUUGAUUCAGACUUACGAGGAAAAACUGACUGCAAAGCAGCAAGAAAUAUCGUCCCUGGAAUGCACUUUUAAGGAACAGUUUGAAGAAAAGCAAGCUAAAUUUAAGGAUACUUUGACAAAACUAAGAGAUAGACAUGAAGAGAAAUUACGUGAGAAAGAUGAGCAGUUUGAAACUCAAAUGAGACAAUUGAGUUCACAGAAGGACUUGGGUCUUGAAGAUGUGAGGAAAAAUUUUGAGAAGUUGAAAGAAGAUCAGCUGAGAGAGAGUGAGGAGCGACACCAGUCUGAGAUGAAAGAUCUCAAAGCUGAAUUAGAUACAGAAGUUCAGAGUUUGAAGGCAGAGCAUAAUGCAGCCAUGGAGGCUAUUCAGACCCAGAAGCAGCAAGUUGUUUCUGAAUUGGAAGAAAAAGUGACUGAGGCUAAUAAAUGCAAAGAAGAAGAAGUGGUGCGUCUCAAAGAACAGCUCUCCAUGGUUCAAGGUGAACUUACAUCUACCCAAACAGAUUUAAACCAAGCAGCAGAUGGCCACAAGGUAGAUUUGGAGGAAUUGAAAUCCCAAGUACAGGAGAAGGAAGGUGAGAUACAGAAAAUGACUUUACAGUUUGAUUCUGUAAAAUUUCAACUGGAAAGCGAGGUAGCGCAAAGAGAGGAGCGUGUCAAGUCUUUGGAGGAAGAGUUGAGAGAACAGAAUCAGAGGCUGGAGACCAUGGCUGGCACAGUGUCAGCAGAGCAAGAGUCAUUACAACGACAGCUGGCACAAGAAACAAGCCGUGCUGAUGACUUGCAGAAGGAAGUUAUCGCACUUAGAGAGAAAGGGGAGACUCAGACUAUAGAGUUUCAAGAGAAAGAGGCCUCACUGAUAGAAGUGAAUCAGAGUCUAGCUCAACUUCAGAAAGAGCAUGCAGCAAUUGAGGAGAUGUUGCGUGCUGUCAAUGAGGCUGCACAGGAAAAGGAGGAGGAGAGUAGUAGGAAAGUGCAAGAACUUGAAACAAAAGUGCAAAGCUUAGAAACAUCAGAGAGAGAAAUUAAUGAAAAUUGUAACCGACUAGUUGAAGAUUUGAAAGUCAGUCAUGAAACACAACUGUCUGAGCUGACGGUGAAAAAGCUAGAACUGGAAGAGCAGCUGUCAGCAGGACAGCAGGAAUUGUCUGAGUGUAGGGCAGAGUUACAGACAGUCACACAGAGUUAUGAGGCUCAGCUGACUCAAGAAAGAGAUAGAGUUGGAGCCAUAGAGACGACUCAAGGGGAACAACUGACAGCCAUUAAACAACGCUUGGAAGAGACUCAGAACAAGGCAGAGUCUUCCCUGACCUCUGUCCAGGCAAGGUUAAAAGAGGAAGAAGAAAAACUAGUUAAUGAACGUAGACAGCAUGAAUCAGACCUGGAGACUGUGAAAACAGAAGGGGAGCAGCGAGUGAAGGAGCUGAAGCAGAAGUAUAUGGUCAAGUUAAAGGAGAUGCAGAGUCAGGCCAAGUCUACCAUAGAAGGUCUGGAACAAAAGCUGCAGGCGGCCACAAGUGGCAAGGAGGAUGUUUACACAGAGCUGACUAGAGCCAAUACACGGCUUCUGCAGCUGGAGGAGAGCUCUGGCCUCACCCGAGAUACAAUUGUGGACUUGGAGAGGAAGGUGUCAGAAAUGUCGACUGUGAUAGAAGAAAAAGACACUGAGCUUGAGAAGAUGAAAGUGGAACAUGGGGAAAGAGAGAAAAGUUUACAGAUCACUCUUGAGGAAUCUCAGAGUAACUGUCAGGAGCUUCGUGAAAAGUUAUCACUGAACCUACAGAAUCUGGAGACAAAACAUUCAGACUCAGAUAAACUUAUGAUGGAGUUAGAAGAAGCAAAUGUGUUGGUAAAUCAGAAACAAGGUUCCAUAGAGGGGCUAGAGAGGCAAGUGUCAGAACUCACUUCCAGCAAUGAGAAGCAGAAAGAGGAACAUGCAGAGGAAAUGAAGAAGAAAGAAGAGAAACAUGGUCAGGAGUUACAAGACAAGGAACAGAAACACUUGGUAGUGUUGCAAGAAAGUGAGGAAAGACAUGUCCAAAUAUUGCAGGAGAAAGAUGCAAAGUUAAAUGAACUGGAAGGCAUGCUUGACAAAACACAGAAACUGUUAGAAGAGACUCAGAAUAACCGGUUGGACCUGGAGCAAAAAGUGCAGGCUGUGGGGGACACUGUGUCUGAGCUCACUGGCCUGCAGCAGCAAGUGUCACAGCUCCAGUCUGAACUAGCAAAGAAUUCAGUAGAGUCACAGGAGCUGCAGGAGAAACUGCAGAGAAAGACUUCAGAGUGUGAGAGUCUUGAGGCAGAGAAAGUGUCUGCUCAGUCUCAGUUGGAAAAUAAAUCACUUGAGAUGAACCAGAGUGAGGAAAAGCUUAGAACUGACUGGGAGAGACGACUCAAAGAGUGCAAUGAGGCUCAUGCUACCGAGCUGAGUACACUCCAAACCCAACUAGAAUCUGAGAGCAGCUCUAAGGUUGCAGAGUACAAGAAAAAAGCGGAGGCGUAUAUUUCCCAGGUUAAAAAACAGUUACAAGAUGAUAAAAGUGCCACAUCACAACAGCAACAAGAGGUUAUAUCAAAACUGGAGGAAAAUGUCCGCAGUCUUUCUGAGGAAAUGAACAAACUCAAACAAGACCAUGAGAAGACAACAGAAGAAUACAAAACUCAGCUGGCAGAGGUACAGUCUCAUCAGACCCAAGUUGAACAAAGCAAAGACACUGUGAUAGAGACCCACCUGAAAAAGCAGAGUGAGCUGGAGCAGAGCAUACUGACUCUUCAGCAACAGCUUGAUGCCGUUAAUUCAGAGAAAAAUUCUCUUUUGGAAAAGUUGUCUACAGUAGAGAGUCAAGGGCAGGAGUUGAAGGAAGGCCAUAAUACUGAGGUGAAAGAAUUGCGCUCUAAAUAUGCUGAACUGGAGAAACAGUUUGAGUCUCUGAAGAGCGAUAGAGACCAAGAGGUGGAGGAGCUUGAGGGAAAGCUGAGUGCUGUUGCUGAGGAGAAGGAGAAGGAGAAGCGGGAGGCACUGGUGACGCAGGACAAUGAACAUUCGACCAAGGUGAAGCAACUGGUGAAAGAGAUGAAUCAACAACUGGGGGAGAAAGAGAGAGAGUUCGAGAGCACCAUCAGGGAAGCUUUGGACAAAAGUGAGCGAGGAGAACAGGGAAUGCUGCGGGAACACCAAGCAGAUCUGGAGGAACUACGUAAAGAGCUACAAGAGAGAGAUGAACGCAUUGAGGAACUACAUGUUGAAUACAAGACAAAACUAGAGAAUGUGAAGUCUGAACUUGAAGCCAAGGUGACAAGCCUUCAGUCUGAGCUGAGCACUGUGGAGCAACGCCGUCAGCAAGAGUUGUUGGAGCAGGAUGCUCACAUGAGAAAUGAGCAUGAGAGAAAGCUUCAAGUAAGGGAGAAUUGUCAUAGGGAGGAGCUUUCUGCCCUUACCAGGGAGUGGAACAUUGAACGAAAGGAGAUGGUGGCACAGAAUCAAGCAAGGCUUACUGCCUUCCAGUCUGGUGAUUCUGCCUCAUUGCAACAGCAGGUCAUUAGUCUGAGCCAUCAGUUGGAGCAGGCGAAGGAGAAACACAAGCUGGAGCUUGCUGAAGCUCGUAGUGGAGAAGAGAUGUCUAGGGGCACCUUACCUAGUCCUUUGUUGGCAGCUCCUAAGAUCUCUUCACAGCCCGGUGAUGCCAAUUACUCGGUGGAUAUUCAGGACCUAGAACUUCAUAAUAUAGACCUGGAAGCUCAACUGUCACAACUCAAUGCAGAGCUCAGCCAGAGCAAGAUUCGGGAGAGGGAGCUGAGUCGCAAAAUUGAAAAAAUGGAGGUCAAGGGCAAAUAUCCUCAGGAUGAUGAUGACCCUCCUUUAAGUCUAGAUGGUUCCUACAGUAACCAUGACGAUUCGGCUGUCUUCAGAGAGCCCACAGAAUUUGAGUACCUGAAGAACAUCCUGUACGAAUUCAUGAUGGGCAAGGAGACGAGGACGCUGGCUCGCGUGAUUGCCACUGUGGUCAGAUUCUCAGAUGAACAAACCAGAAAUGUAGUUGCCAAGGCAGAUGCUAAAUCGAUCUGAUCUCAACAGACAGUUCACAUGCUGUGGCGUUCCCCAUGAAAGCUGUCUGCGUAUAUCGGAUAAGUCUACCCUUCCUGUGAAUUUGAUGUACCAUGCUUUGAGGAUAUAGGCUGGUGUCAAAAAGGGACAAGGCUUUGUCAUUGGGUUUCUAUCUCUCUGUAUCAAAUCAAACUGGAGUAAUAUCAGGCCCCCUUCAUGUAUUUCCGAGAGAAAUUAAUGGUUGAAAAUGGCAAUCUGUAAAAGUUUCUAAUAAACAAGCUGUUAAAAAUACCAAUGCGAUUAGUGUAACAGGUGGUUUCAAUAAACUGUUCUUCCACUGUGGACAUGAAUGGGAAGAAAGUGUGCCAUGCUUCUUUGCUGACAUUACAAAUGUGGAAUACAUUCCUCUGAGAUGACUAUCAUGAAUUGUUUACUCUGCUUCACUCUUUGGGGGUUGUAUUACUAGACAAAGAAACAUUUGUUUUGAUGAAAUACUUUUGAAGGUAUUCACCUUUACACUUUUAAGCGUGUGAUUGAAAAGCAUUCAUUGAAUAUUUUAUCAGCAGAUAGUCUCAAUUCUAUUAUUGUUCCUGCUUUUUGUUAUACUUUUGUUUGUUUUGGGUUUUUUUUUUUUUUGUGGGUUUUAAUUCGGUGGACUUAAAACAAGACAUGAUAAUCAUUAUCAGUAGAUACUACUUUCGUGCGACUACUUUCGUGCGAUACUGUAACUGAAAAUGAUUUCACAAAUAUAUAUAUAUAUAUGUGAAUUGUUUAAGGAUGGUAAGAGGGGGUGAUUAAUUUGGUUAGCUUGUAUUUGAAAUCUAUCCUCUCUUAUGUUUUAUGGGUUUUAGAGUAGGCCUGCUCCAGUUUUCAUAAGUAAGUUCCUAUGACAACAAAUGUUGUCUUAAUUUAUACUUGUUCGGCAAAUAAUUGGGGGGGGGGGGGGGUCACCACAUUUGGUAUCAAAUUGGUGGUCAUAUAACAUUACUGUAAGAUUCAUUUGCCGUUUGAAAAUAAUUUUUACAGUGAAAGCCAUUGUCUGUAUUCUUCAUAAAUUCUUUAGAGUAGCGUAGUGUUAAAGGAUAUAUACACUCUCACAUACAUCUAUGUACAGGUACAGAAAGUAAAGGACAGUGUAAAAGGUCUUUUGCAGUGCAUACCAAAAGGGCAAUUCAAAACUUUCAGAUUUACCAUUCUCUCUUGUGCUUGGCUGUCUGAAGAAUUGAGACUGGGUUUAAAAAAAAUCAGUAUUUAUCAUUGCUUUGUAAAGACUGCAGGUUUUACACAUUUCUACAAUUUUACAUUACUAUCCAAAUGUCAAACUCCUCAUAAUCAAACACCUCUCUUUCCAGUUUUUCAUGACCUUAUUAAACAAGAUCAACAAGUUCAGUGAGAAAUGAAUUGUGUUGCAACUGGACCAGAUAUUACAGUGCUGUUGAACUAUAGUGCAGUAUAUGAUUCUCUUCACUUGUCUUUUCAUCUGCUCUUCUGUUAUAGUGGUGGGUUGUCCUUAUUUUUCUGUAAACUGUAACUGUUAUCUUAAUCAGUUCCAGGCAAAAUGCGGGCAUAAUUGCUUUGCCUCGCCAUGGACUACAACUCAACAAUACUCUAUUCUAACUAGUUGAACAGAUGCAUGUCUUCUGAAAACUUGUAAGUGGGCUGAUAAGCAAUAUGUUUUCUUCCAUAUAAGUAAUUUCGAGUGGCAUUUUCUUUUCUGCAUUUGAAUUUGUGAUAUGUUUAAACAGUGCUGUGAAGUGCAAAAGUCCCGUUCAUCUUCGCACAGCGGUGAUAAGAUGACAUUUGUAGACACUGACAUGUCCUACGCAUUAACAGUACCAAAGAAAUUCUCAUUCUUUGUUUUUGCUUGAUCCCAUGUGUUAUAAGUACCGGUACCUCACUGUUCAGCCAUUUUUGCCUGUUGUUUUAAGUAUGAAUGGUAAUGUUGUUUUAAAGCUUCUUUAUCUGAGUCUGCCUUGCACUUGCACUUAUCAUGAUACAUACAAGCUGAGCUUGAGAACAGAUUUCAUUAUGUAGCUUUUUCUCUUUUGUAAAUUUCUGAUUUUACAUAUUUUACUUUACAGUGCUCAAAUUUAGUUAGUUGAUAUUUUUUAGUGGCGAUUUCUCUUUUUUAAAUUCAUUUUUAUAAUCAAUACUGAUUUUGCUUAUACUAUUUAGCUUCCACAGCUGAAAUUCAAAAUAAUUUGUGUUGCUAAAAUUGUUGACAUAAUGCUCUUGAUAAUCCUUGUCAAAGAUUUCAUUAUGUCUAGAUCUACAAGUGAAUUGAACUUGGAUGAAAACCAUCUGAUGGGAGAAAUGGUUUGUUGAACAAAUGGAAGAUUUUAUCCUUGUUUUUGGAAUAUCAAGCUUCACUUUUUUCUUAUCCUUUCUAGAAAAUUACUUAGAAUUUCUUUGUAUAUAUAUAUAUAUAUAUAUAUUCUUUUGAUUACCAUUAUGGUCUAUGCUUGAUGUAUUGUGUAAUUUAUUCUAGCUCAUAAAUUUCACUGCCACACCAACAACUGGCAGGUCUGUGAAACUGCUCUGUCCUUUUCUCACAGUGCACUUCAAGGGCAAAAAUGCUCCGUCAUUUGUUGUGGUGCUAACUUCUGUAUUAGCUUCCUUUGGUUUUCUGAAAAAAAAAUGUUUAUGGUGAGUUUUAUUAUUCUAUUAUUUAUUGAUUGCCUUUAUUGUUCUCAUCAGUUUACAUAAGGUCUGAAUAGCAGGGCAUAAUUGCUACAGUGGUUUGAAAAGACAUGGACUGAGGUGACUGGAACUGAAUAUAAUAUAAGCAUACUAGAUGAGGCUCGGAAAAGGAAGAGAUCUGAGGUCAUUGUUGGAGUUUUUUUAGUUUUAACAACUGCCAUUUUGAGAUAGAUUGAGAUAGACUGUUUCGAAAGAUUUUAAUGAAAUAUGAUAAACUUUUAUGUGGAAAAGCUAGGAUUUUUGUCUCUACGUUAUUUUGCAAUGUUUACACUAGAUAAUUUCCUAAUUGUUGUAAUGUAGUGAGAAGCCUGGUCCUGCUGCAAGAAUUUCAUGGCAGAGAGGUUUAUGAGAUUCUCAUUGUCAGCUGAACUGUGAAACCAACUGGAACUGGAGUAUGACAACAUUUUCUGGCUUUUGUUGUAAAAUGUGCAAUGUCCUUUGUUAUUUAUUAUUCUCCCUACUGCUGUAAAUAUGUUUUCUCACAUUAUCAUCAUAUAUAUAUAAAGUACAUGUAGAACUAUUUAUUUAUUACAAGGAAAAUUGGAAAGUAGCUUCAAAAACACUGAAACUCCAAGGCUGUCUUGGUUAAUUUCCAUUAUGUUCAUGAUUUUUCAAGCCUUUUAUAUUCUGUGAUAAAGAGGGAAGUUGAGGAAAUUCUUAAUACAGUAUAACACAGAUAGCUUGAAUUCGUCGAAGCUGGCCUCGGUAGUUCGAGGGAUAUCUUAUAAAGAUAAAGAAGAAAAAAAAAUGGACCACAGGCACAGUUCGAUGGAUGCGUGAUUUCAAGCCUUCUGUGUUCGACCUAUCCUUGUUAUACUGUACCUUUCACAAUAUAGAUGUCAGAGGGUACAGGAAGCCUCUGAUAUCACCUAUGGCAUUCCACAUGUCGGUAGUUAGGUCUAUCAUCCUUUGUUGUUUGACUUCACAUACACAUACAGUGUACAUAAAUGCGUUACUCAUAUCAAACAGAGGCUACUCACUGACACAUAAUACAUUGAGAGUGUGUAUUUCUUUUGGUCACUCCCUGUUAUGCUGGUUGUGUUUAUGUUAAUCUUGUCCUUGCUAAUGUUAGCAAACUCUGUCUUUGUGGAGAGAUUAUGUGUAACAAAGCAGCCCAUCUCAUGACAAGUCCCGUACAAAUGUCUGUGCAGCAUUCUUGAAAUAGUAAUUUCAAGUGGAGUGUACUUGAUUGGUUCUUUAUUAGGAGUGGACACGUUAUUUUACUAUGUUUGUCUUAUAUAGAAUGUAAUGUAUUCUGUAAUUUCUGGAUAAGUGUGACAGUAUAUAUUCGAAAGUUCUGUUUGAUGAAGAUAAAGAUUUUUUAAAAAUUGUGCGGACUUUGAGGAGCUUUAGAAUGCAAGGAAGAAAGGUAGACACUGUUUUUGCAGUGAUGUGUCUAUGUAUGUGAGGGGGGCUGUUUUUUGUCAUUAUCGUGAGAUACUCUGUUAAAACGAGUGAUUUGAAGAAUAAAAGAUGGUUGCUGAUUCUAUC